GCGCUCCGUGAUCGAGACUCAUUUCGUGCUCUGAAAACAAUGGCACUGAGCGAAAACUGCAAAACGCAACCUGCAAAAGAGCAAGGUUCGGUGCAAAAUCCUCCAUCGGAUGUUAUUGAGCUGAACGUGGGUGGACAGGUGUAUUACACUCGCCACGCCACCUUGACAAGCUUUCCAAAUUCCUUACUUGGGAAGCUUUUCUCUAACAAGAAGGGGUCCUCAAAUGACUUGUCCCGGGACCUCAGAGGACGUUAUUUUAUUGACAGAGAUGGCUUUCUGUUCCGGUAUGUGUUGGAUUACCUUAGAGACAAGCAAGUUGUCCUCCCUGACCACUUCCCGGAGAGAGGAAGGUUGAAAAGAGAGGCGGAAUACUUCCAGCUGCCAGAUUUAGCCAAACUUUUGUCUUCCGAGGAUUCCAAACUCUUUCCAGACGACUUGUGUUACAGUGAUUUUGAUGACGCGUCGCAGGGCAGCGACCAGAGGUUUUACCCCUCUUACUCUCUGGACAGGAGGUACGGCUACAUCACGGUCGCUUUCAGAGGCGCUUGCGCUGGGGGAGGCAGGGAAAGUCAAAUCGAUGUCAAGGCCAAAAAGUUACCGAGGAUCUUCAUCAGCAGCAGGAUCGGCUUGGCGAAAGAGGUGUUUGGAGACGCCCUGAAUGAGAACAGGGACUUGGACAGACCACCGGACCGUUACACCUGCAGGUUUUACCUCAAGUUCAGGCACCUGGAGCGAGCUUUUGACAUGCUGUCAGAGAGCGGCUUUCACAUUGUGGCCUGCAAUUCGUCCCUGACUGCGUCCUCCGUCGGUCAUUACGCGGAUGACAGGGUCUGGUCCAAUUACGCACAGUACAUCUUCUACCGUGGACCUUCAAGGUGGAUGUCCUCCCACUGUGACUGCUGCUGCAAAAGCCACAAAAGCGAGCGUGAAGGAGAGAGCGGCACCUCCUUCAAUGACCUCUCCACCUCCUGUUCCGAGACCCAGUCCGAAGCCAACUCCCCUCAAGAGACCGUGAUCCGUGGCCCCGUGAGCCGGCAUCCCAACAUCCAGACGCUGGACCGUCCUAUGCCCAAAGGACCAGUUCACAUGCUGCAGCAGGCCGAGAUGCGCCGCAAGACGGACAUGCUCCGCGUGAGAACCUUCGGCGUCCGAGAACGAGAGGCCGCAAAGAGGAAAGCCAACAAGGAAAAGAUGACUCCAGAGCAGGAGCUGGAGAAAUGUAUCCAGGACUUCCGGCGCAUCAGGAUUCCCGAUCACUUUCCAGAGAGGAAGUACAUGUGGCAAUCAGAGCUCCUGAGGAAGUACCGUCUCUAAAUAAGAGUGUGAAGAAGAGGAAGAGAGAGAUGGUAGUAUCAUGUCACCAUCUAUGAAGAGUAUUAACUGCGUAGGCAAUAGACUGCACCCUCUAAGGCACAUACUGUAUUAGAAAAAAAUAAAACUAUGGCCACUUUCCCGCCAGCAUGACUAGCUGAGCACAUAAAGUACAAGGCAGUGUGAGUCGUUGAUUUGUAACGUAUGCACAGUGUUGUGUAUGAUAUGCACAUGUGUAAAUCAGGUUUCUCCUGUUGGGGCUUACAUCACAAACCCUGUUCUCGCUCCAGAGAGCCGGGAGUGUAUGAACAGCUACUAUAUCACUAGUUGAAGCAACAAAGCAACCUCAGGGGCAACAUCAUCUCAAGUCAUCAACCUAUCACAUACUGUAUGUGCAAUUGCCCACAUGAGCUGGUUUUUAAAAAUGGAUGUACCCAUAUGGUGCUGUGAGUUAGCAAUGGAAUAUCACUAUACUCCACUGAUAACACAUAUACUUAUAGUAGGCUUUAAUAUUGGCACUGCAUGUCAUUUCACCCUUAGCAUCAAUAUGCAAUAUCAAACAAACUUUAAAUUCACUGUUUUGUGUGAUGGGUAAAAACGGUGUGUUACGACUGGGGCUAUUUUAAAUGAGGAAAGCACUGCCUAGAUCUGUUUGCCAUUGUAAAACUUUAUGUCCAAUGUUGUCAUUAUGUGUUGGAUAGAUGAUGUUGUGUAGGUAGAGUAUAUAAUGCCAAUGGAUAUUUGACUAAUCCUUGAUUGUAAGUGUGCAAAAAAGAUAAUAAAUGGGUUCAAAUUGU